AUGACGACAACAAAUUCAACAUCAGAUGUAAUGGAUCAAUUAUCACCAACACUUGCACUUGAUAUCUCAAUGAAAGAGAUUGACCAAAAUGGACGUGAGGAUGAACGUAUGGUGCUUGUAUUCAAUGCUUUCGAUCAAAUCAUUCCACAAUUAGGUGUUUUCUCUCCGAUUACAGCCAAACUUCGUAAUGAAUUUUUCGAUUUUAUCUACAGUGGUCAAUUUACUGUGGAAAAAAUUCAUAAUAAGACUCCAAAAAAACGUAAACGGAUUGCUUGUGUUGAACGAUUAGCUUUUAAAGUUCUUUGCCAUCGACUAAUUGAUCAACAUCAUGAACAAUCGAAUAUGUUCGAAAAUAAAAUAGCUGAUAUGGAAACAAAUUUGGCUGGAAAAAAUCGUGAUUUAAAUCAAGCAUUUGAAAAAGUUGAACAAAUAGAAAAUGCUAAACAAAAACUAAUAGAUGAGUUAGCAAGCUUGAAAAGGACAUUGAAUGAAAAAGAUAAUGAAAUACAAAAGUUAAAAGAAGAAUGUGACAGAAUUCGUUAUAAUAGUGAUCAAGAAAUUAACAAAACACGCUUGCAAGUCAAAGAAAUAAUAGAAAAUCAAGCAGCUACUGAAGCAUUGAUAGAUGAUUUAUCAAAAUAUAAACAAGGUUAUGAUGAAAUGCAAGAAGCUUUUACCGAUAAUUCAACUCGAGCACCGUCGGCAAAAAGACGAGCGGCGCAAGAUGACAACGACAAUGAUGCAUACGUUGAUGUUAAAAAUCAAAUAAUGCUCGAUAUUCAAGUAGCUCUUCGAUUAGAAGAUCAAUUGUCAACAUUACUCAAUAUGACAACAGAAGAAUAUGAUCAAAUAUUAGAUGAUGAACAUACGAAAUUACUUCAAACUCAACAAUUUCCAUCUGAAUGUCAUUUUAUUUGGGAUAAUAUUGCAGCUGAAAAACUACGAUACGCACAAACCAUAAAAGAAAUUCGAGAAGAAAUUGAUAUAACACAACGUCAUAGACGUAGUUUAGAAGAAAAAUUAGAAAUGAUUGUUAUCAAAGAAAAUGAAGAACUUAAGAAUCGUAAAGUAACAGCAGUAUUUACAGCAAACGAAGCGGCUCAAAAGACAGGGAAAAUAUCUAAUCCUUUACAUGGUCUUGAACAUGCAUUUGAAUCGGCUGGCCGCAAAACUGAUAUGAUUGGAUAUGCACCACAAGAACGUAUUAUUUCACGUUUUUCUUAUAUGCUUGAAUCAUCAAACAAUGGGCGAGCAUGGGCAGAUUUUGAAUUAUCUUCUUUUUGUGAUAGCUGUGCUGAUAAAACUUAUUUGUGUCCUCACAAAUUUGCUGAAGCUCAAAUUAUUGCUCGAGUACCAGACGGUACAAAAUAUAUUCGAAUUUCUCGUCCAAUUCUGAAAUACAAUGAUACACUUGUUCGAAGUGUAAUGAUCGAUAAUCAAACGUUAUUUGACCAAAUGCUUCCACCUAUAUAUCAACAAAAUACUGCAAGCAUCAUGCGAACUAAUUAUCCAGGAUAUUUUAAUACUGAUCAACAAAGUCAACGACGUACAGUUAGUUCAGAUUCUCAAUUAGACGCUGGACCUCUCAUCCAUUCAUUUGAUCGAGUUUGGGCUGAUUAUAAAAAACGUACUAAUAUAGAACGUCCUGUACCAAGACCAUUUUCCAUAGAACGACUUUUAACUUUAAUGACCGAAAUAAUAGCUUAUGAAUGUUAUUGUGAUAGUCGUCUGUUGACUGUAACAGGAAAUAUUGUGGAUGAUAUUUAUGAAUUUUUCAAUAAACGAUAUUCAACAAUUGAUGAUAUUACUUUUAAUGCUGUACACGAUCUUUUUACUUCAUUAGUCGCAUAUAAAAAUGAAUUUAAGAUACUUGAACUAUUUUCACAUAUUUUGAUUGGCAAUAUUGAUUUAGCUGGUAUUUAUUAUGUAACUCUACUCGGUGAUAUUCUUGAUAAAAUAGAAUGGAAUGAAACUGAUGAUAUAAGAGUAUUUUUCAAUUCUAUUUAUCCAUUUCUUGACGAAGAAGGAUUGGAUACAGUUGUUAUUGAUUUUAUAUCAUAUACAGAAAAUAAAAUUAGUCGUCAUCUUGUUAUCGAAUUUAUUAUAACAUUAUUACUCAAAGGAAAAGAACCAUUGAUUCAAGAAAUGCAAUAUAAACUUUCCGUUCAAUUGACACAAAAUUUCGAUAUGAUGAAUGAAUUAGAAUUUCAUACUGCUAUCGAAAAUAUAGCGUAUACAGCUGAUGAACGUAUUGUCUCAAGAUUUUUUAAACGAGCCGAACGUCAUUCACAUUGGGAUAAUCUACAAGGUUUCGUUUUAAUGACAAAAUUAGCUCAUAUAGCUGCAUUUAUCUAUUUUACACAAUUAAUUGAAGAACAAAAAGAACCUUUGAAUGAAAGAAUUCUAAAAGAAUAUAAUUUACGAAGAAAAAGUGAUGGUAUUGAUCGUGAGGGUCGAGCUGGAAAACAAAUUACUCAUGAACAAAUGGAACCAAUAAAAUAUUUCAAACUUAAAGCUUUAGGACAAAUUCUAUACGAACCAAAUAUUACAGAACUACCCGAUGAUAGAAAAAAUCUCAAUGCAUCAGCAAGUUUUGAAAAUGAAAAUAUCUCACAAUCAUAA